AUGAGGUAAGAACAGCUCUUCUGCAUAGACAAAACACUCCGACCUGUAAAUCAGAGAUUUUCUUUCUUGUAAAUGUGAACACUGAUAAGGAGUAGAAAAUGAACUGUCAAUUUCCCUGGAAAAUGUGGUAUUAUUUCAAAACAAAACCCUUAAAUGUUAAAUUCUGAGCCUUACUGUUUUGUCUUUUACAUUUGCAGGUAUAUUUUGAAAACAAUAGUUCUGGGCCAGAUGCUUUCCUUGUUUAUCUGUGGGACUGCUGUUACAAGCCAGUACCUAGCAGAGCAAUUCCAAGUGAAUACUCCGAUGUUUCAAAGUUUUAUCAACUAUUCCUUGCUUCUCCUCGUUUACACAACGAUGCUGGCAUUUAGGACUGGCAAUGACAGCCUUCUGCAAAUUCUGAAACAGAGGUGGUGGAAGUAUCUUCUUUUGGGACUAGCUGAUGUUGAGGCCAAUUACAUGAUUGUCAAAGCGUACCAAUACACAACCCUUACAAGUGUUCAGCUGCUGGAUUGCUUUGGGAUUCCUGUGCUGAUGGCUUUAUCGUGGUUCAUUCUCCGUGCGAGAUACAAACUGAUCCAUUUUAUUGCUGUCGCAGUCUGUUUGCUGGGUGUAGGAACCAUGGUGGGUGCAGACAUACUGGCGGGCAGGCAGGACACUGAAGGAAGUGACGUGGUGAUUGGCGAUGUCUUAGUUCUUCUUGGUGCUUCUUUGUAUGCCAUUUCUAAUGUGAGUGAGGAAUACAUUGUGAAAAAUCUGAGCAGAGUGGAGUUUCUAGGAAUGGUGGGCUUGUUUGGGACUAUUAUCAGCGGUCUGCAGCUAGCCAUUCUUGAACAUAAGGACAUAAUGAAAAUUCAAUGGAACUGGAAAGUUGCAUUGCUCUUCGCAGCAUUUGCCCUGUGUAUGUUUGGGCUGUACAGCUUCAUGCCAGUAGUGAUUAAAGUCACUAGUGCAACCUCAGUCAACUUGGGCAUUUUGACUGCAGAUCUCUACAGUCUUUUCUUCGGACUUUUCCUGUUUUACUAUAAGUUUUCUGGCCUUUAUAUCCUGUCCUUCAUUGUCAUCAUGGUGGGCUUCAUCUUGUACUGCUCCACUCCAACCCUCACUGCAGAAGCUACCACGUUGCCGCAGCCCGUGAGCGCCGGUGUGGACAACGCGGCGCUGAAGAUCGAGGAGAACGACUGUGAAACCCCUGCUGCAACGGUGCAGUUCACGAGAGCAGAAACUGUGGUGGUCAGCACCAAUUAAAAGAGAUGGCAGCGUUUCAAAGUAGAGCUUCUUUACUGCCAAAAUUCCCCUCAAAUGUUAAUCUGGAGAAUUGUUCUGUUGCCAGGGUGCUACCUUGAUUUUAAUGCACUGCAGAGACUUUUAAGGCCAGAUCCUCCGUCAGCGAAACUCUUGAUUUACCCUUGCAGAAAAUCUGGCCCUUAGAAGAAGACAGAUAGUAUUUAUGUUGAGUCUUUGAGGAGCAAGAGACUGUUAUUUUUUAAUGUUUGAUUAACUUAACAGCAAAUGCUUCAGGGGAAACUAAGCCAAAGCAAGCUUUCAGGUCACUAGCUGGAGCAAAUACCUUUUAUAUUACAUUAGGGACCUAAAUCUGUGACGUGCUGUCUGAGUGCUCCGUGGCUGCCACGUCAGUGCUGGGAAGCCAUCAGCUUCUCACUGUGUCCCACACAUGCACCUUUCACUUGCUGGUGGACUUUAUUCCUGCACUGGAGGCGUAUGCUUCUUACAUUCCAGCCCGACGGCCGUCUGUUCCGAUUGCUGCUGUCGUCGUUGCAGCCAGGACUGCUGCAGACAUCAAGUAUUUUAUUUCCAGUUUGAUAAUAAUGGCAGUUUGAAUGUGCGUUUUCAUAAUCUCUACUUUUUAUCUUGGUAGCCUGUUGUUUGGUGCAUUCCUGCAAGGUGGGRGAGACAGAGUCAAGCCCCUCCUCUGUCCACUAAGAACUGAAUAUAUUUUUGUUCUGGGCAAGACAUUGAAAGGGAUUGACCUGAUGUGCACUUCUCGGUGAAAUUGCCUUGAAGUGGGAGGCAUUUUUGCGCAAAGAUUCUAAUUAAAUUGGUAUUUCUUUAAAAAAUAAAGUCUUAGCUGAUCUUCAUUGCAACAAUAAUGAUAAUUUCCAAAAUGCUAGGUGUUUUCACUAGAUUAAUUGGCAGUUUUCCUUCCCCUUUUUUUCAUACUUAUACUAAGUGAUUAAAAUUGACAUGGCUGCAGUUUUGAUAUCAGUAAAACCAUUCUUGAAUUUUUUU